CUUCCCGAACGCCGCGAGCCGCUUCCGGCGGGGCCGCCCCGCCCGUUCCGCCGACGGCACUUCCGGGAGCGGGGCCGUCCCGCCGCCAUCUUGGGCGGGCUCCGGGGCUGCGGCGGCGGCGGCGGCGGAGCGGGUCCCUCCAUGGGAAGAUGCAGCGGGCGGGGCCGGAGGAGGCGGCGAGGGCGCAGGCGGCGGCGGGGGGGCCCGGGCGGAGCGGGGCCGAGGUGGCGGCGGCCCCCGCCGGGCGGCUCCUGAGGCGGGAGCUGCGGCUGCUCGAGUCCAUCUUCCACCGCGGCCACGAGCGGUUCCGCAUCGGCAGCGCCUGCCCGGACGAGAUCAGCUGCGAGUUCGUCCCGGGGGCCGGGGCCCGCGCCGGCGCCUCCGCCUCCCGGGGGCCGCCGCCGGGACCCGUCCGCAUUCACUGCAACAUCACGGAGUCUUAUCCAGCUGUUCCCCCCAUAUGGUCUGUGGAGUCAGACGAUCCCAACCUGGCAGCUAUCCUGGAGAGGCUGGUGGAAGUCAGGAAAGGAAACACCUUGCUUUUGCAGCACCUGAAGCGAAUAAUCUCUGACCUGUGCAAACUCUACAACCUCCCCCAACAUCCAGAUGUUGAAAUGCUGGACCAGCCUCUGCCGGCAGAACAGAGCACCCAGGAAGAGGUGUCCUCUGAAGAGGAAGAUGAAGAGAUGCCAGAGGACACCGAGGACUUGGACCACUAUGAGAUGAAAGAGGAAGAGCCGGCAGAUGGGAGAAAGACAGAGGAUGAAGGCAUUGGGAAAGAAAACCUGGCCAUUCUAGAGAAAAUCAAAAAGAACCAGAGGCAAGAUUACUUAAAUGGUGCAGUGUCUGGGUCUGUGCAGGCCACUGACCGGCUAAUGAAGGAGCUCAGGGAUAUUUACCGAUCACCAAGUUUCAAGGGCGGAUACUAUGCAGUUGAACUAGUGAAUGACAGCCUGUACGAUUGGAACGUCAAACUCCUGAAGUAUGUUUUGGGUGGUGGUGCCAUCUGCAUGGAGCUGCUUACGAAACAGGGCUGGAGUAGUGCCUACUCCAUCGAGUCGGUGAUCAUGCAGAUCAGCGCGACGCUGGUGAAAGGGAAGGCACGAGUACAAUUUGGAGCCAACAAGAACCAGUACAGCCUGACAAGAGCACAGCAGUCCUACAAGUCCCUGGUUCAGAUCCAUGAGAAGAAUGGCUGGUAUACACCACCCAAGGAGGAUGGCUAGUGUGGAUGCUGCAGGACCAAUUUGAAUAUCUUCUGGAUGCUCUACUCGGAUCUUAGUGAUGCCUCUUGGCUUUCUCCCAGGAUGUAAUAGCUCUGCCUGUUGCAGGACAAUACUGGCUGUUCAAAACUCUAAAUAACUGUUUAAGGAGUUGGACUGACCCAGAACACUUGCUGGGCCCGUGCUAGCAGGCAUUCUUGUUAAAACAAACUCUUGAGCCUCUUGUAUUGCUGGAAACUUUUGACUCUACUCCAGUCUAGAGCAUCCUCCUUACCUAUGCUAUGGAUUUAAUUUAUUUUCUUAUUUCAUGUACACUGCUUUUUUUUGUUACGGUGUAUGAUGGAUGUGUAUGGAAAAUGUAUCUUUGGAGAAAAAUUACAGUUUGUUAAUUUGAGAAUGCUGGUCUAACUAUUUUUUUCCAUGCUCCUGCUGGGUGGGUUGUGCUCUGCAAACCCUGCUGCAGCCCUGGUCCCAGGGUGGGGCAGUCGGUGGAGCUGUGGUGGCCCAAGCCCUGCAGGAAGGCUUGGUGCAACUGCCUUGGGAGAAGAAAAGCCUUUUUCUU